AUGCUAGAAUCAGCUUUAAAUGAAGAUACUCACUUACCCAAACUACGUCUGGAGUCACACAAAAUCAGUCCUGGCACUUUCUACAAGCCACCACACCAAAUCCCAUCGGCACCAGAAAACUUCGACCAGAACAAUAGCGAAUUGCCCAGAUCCACCAGCGCUACCCCCAGCGUGGACGUGGACGGCGGUUCCGACCCCGGCGAUGUGUCGCCAGUGGUACGCAAGAGAGGGCGGCCUAAAAAGCAAAAAACUCCGUCGGUAGAGCCAGAAGCCCCUAAAAGACCUCGAGGAAGACCCAGAAAGGGCACCAGCAACCCCGUCGACACCACUGUCGACUUGAGCGACGGCUCGAUUGCUACCCGGCGCCAGCGCCGAAGAACCGCCCAAAUUGGCGAGUCUGUGGCCAGUAUGAGUUCUUUGAGCCGAGUGAGAAAACCAGUGCCUCUCACUAAACAAGCACAAGCAGGAAAAUCGGUUCAACGGCCGCUUAACAUCGAUAUCGAUCGACUCAUAGUCGAUAUCAACAGAGACAAGCGGUUGAAGGUAAACGUGCUCGAUGUGCUCAAACACCUCGUAAAGACAUUUGAAACCCCAGAUUUCCCCACCGAUUUGAAGAACCCUAAAGUGAUUCAAAACGACUUUAAAACCCAUUUGCUCGACUACCUCAACCACUUGGCCGACGUACACGGCAGUAUUCACGACCUUGUCCACGAGAUCAACCGGGUUCGAAAAGAGAAAGAAGAGAUGAGAAGAAACAUUUUUGAGAUCAGACGAAGCUACGCGGAUGUGAUGAACGAUCUCAACAAGACUCGCAGCCAAUUUCUGGAUUCCAAACGCAAAUAUGACAGCUUCAUAAGCCUCACUCGCGAGCUUGAUGAACUCAGAUCCCAAGCCACGUCGUCCAGCAGUUCUGGUAAUCAUAUCUCAAGCAUUGACCGAGAAAUCACCAUUCUUGACCAGUUGUUCAACCCCAUCAAUGGCCUCCAAGUGACUCUCUCACAGACCAACGAGACGUUGGAGCAUAUCGACCGUGGUCUUAACUAAGUUUAUUUAUUACAAUAUUGAAGAACCAAAGGAUGUAUAGAUACAUAUAUAUAGACUGAUGAAUAAUGACAAACCCAGUAUUUGGGCCUAAGCUAGACCAUUGGAACUCGGUGACAAUCUCUACAUAUCGUCGGAAACCAAUGCCAUGAUCAUUCUGUACAAGUAGAAGAAGAACAAUAAUAAAUGGAAUCCCAACUUGACAAACGACUCUUUCUUAUGUUUGGACAAAGUUCUGAAAAUCUCGGUGGCGUCUAACAUAUGGCUCUUGUUCAAGACCUUGUUGACAUUGUAAGCGAAUAAUGGCGCAUUGAUCAAAAAGACAAACCAGUAUCCGUUGACCAAAAACAAAACGGUCAUAAAUCCAUGUAAUCCUGCCUCAGGGAUGAAGUAAGGAUUUAACUUGUUACACAACUCGAUCGGGUUGAUGUAGUCACACUCCAAGUCCGAGUACAUGAUGGUGAAGAACACCUGUGCGAACAAGUUCACGGCGUUGAGCACGACGGCGAGUAUAAAUAAA